GCCCCCUGCCCCUCCCCUAGCCCCGCCCCCAGCUCUUGACAGGAUGGGCAAGCUGAAGCAGAACCUGCUGGUGGCCUGCCUGGUGGUGAGCUCCGUCACCGUCUUCUACCUGGGCCGCCACGCCAUGGAGUGCCACCAGCGCAUCGAGGAGCGCUCGCGGCCGGGCGCCAUGGCGGCCGCGGCCGGGGGGGCGGCGGCUGGCGGCCCAGGCGACCCGGCGGCGCGCGGCGGCGGCGGCGGCCUCAACGCCAGCGUCGGCGUCGGCGGCGGCGGCUACAGCAAGGACACGCCGCUGGUGUUCAUCGGCGGCGUCCCGCGCAGCGGCACCACGCUGAUGCGCGCCAUGCUGGACGCCCACCCCGCGGUGCGCUGCGGCGAGGAGACGCGCGUCAUCCCGCGCGUCCUGGCCAUGAAGCAGAUGUGGAGCCGCUCGGGCCGCGAGAAGAUGCGCCUGGACGAGGCGGGCGUGACCGACGAGGUGCUGGACGCCGCCAUGCGCGCCUUCCUCCUGGAGGUCAUCGUGCGCCACGGCGAGCCGGCGCCCUUCCUCUGCAACAAGGACCCCUUCGCCCUCAAGUCCCUCUCCUACCUGGCCAAGAUCUUCCCGCGCGCCCGCUUCGUCCUGAUGAUCCGCGACGGCCGCGCCUCCGUCCACUCCAUGAUCUCGCGCAAGGUGACCAUCGCCGGCUUCGACCUGGGCAGCUACCGCGACUGCCUGACCAAGUGGAACCGCGCCGUGGAGACCAUGUACGCGCAGUGCCUGGAGGCCCAGGGCCGCUGCCUGCCCGUGCACUACGAGCAGCUGGUGCUGCACCCCGAGCGCUGGAUGCGCACGCUCCUGCGCUUCCUGGACAUCCCCUGGGACGACGCCGUGCUCCGCCACGAGGAGCUCAUCGGCAAGGCCGGGGGCGUGUCCCUCUCCAAGGUGGAGCGCUCCACGGACCAGGUGAUCAAGCCGGUGAACGUGGAGGCCCUGUCCAAGUGGGUGGGGAAGAUCCCGGGCGACGUGCUGCGGGACAUGGCCGUCAUCGCGCCCAUGCUGGCCCGCCUGGGCUACGACCCCCACGCCAACCCCCCCAACUACGGGAGGCCCGACCCCAGGGUCCUGGACAACACCAGGAGGGUGUUUAAAGGUGAAUUUCAGCUGCCUGAUUUUCUUAAAGAACAACAACAGCUCCAAAAGUCUCCAGAAAAGCCUGAUCCCAGUUAGGAGGAAGAGGAGGAUAGCCACGCCCACAGAAGUGUGUGACACUCUUCCUCAUUAAGCCACACCCACAGACUCACUUUUACUUUCAGCCCCAUCCAGAGUGUGCAGCUCUCUUUUGCCUUCAGUCUGAGGACGGUUUGGCACUGCUAGGUCCUCACUUUGUGUGUGUGUGUGUGUGUGUGUGUGUGAGUGUGGGGGGUGGAGUCUUUUUAAGGGGAUGUUUUGUUCUUGUGCUAUGUUUGUAUUGGAGUUCUCAAAGUCAGCCCGACCCGAGUCAAAACUGUGUAAUAAUUUAUUUGGGUCAGGCGCGAAAGAAAAAAAAAGAAAGAAAAAAAAAAGUGUGUGUGUGUGUGUGUAUUUAGCUCACAUAGCUAUUUUUACAGCACAGUCCAUUGCGCUGAUUGCUACUUUUUGAAUCGAUCAAACACAGGCUUUCUCUAGUUGGUAAAAUGUACGUUUAAUCACACCAGAAGUCCCGUUUGCUGUGAUUAACUACUACAAAUAUACAGCUUCAGCGCAAAUAGCUUUUCUGGACGCCGCGCACACGCUAACUUGCUCAGUUGUAUCAUGAUAUACAGGAACGGGACGGAGGCGAGGGGAUAUGCUAUCAACAGUGAGUUUACAACAACACAAAUAAAGUCAGAAAAAGACGUGACGAGAUCGAAGUGCAAAAAUCGGUAAUAGAAAGGAAGUUAGCGAUGGGCGAAUGUGUUCUGCUUUCACCUCACUCGGGCCGGUCGGGUCGGGCUUGGAUUUCCAGGCCCGUUGAGAACUCUGGUUUGUACGUUUGCGUAGCUCGGUGUGCGCGUGGGUGUCGGUUCGAUUGCGUGUUUCAGUACAGAGCUGUCGGGGCGUACGCUGCGUGGCGCUGUCAUGGCGAUUCGAUUGUAAACUGAAGAAUCAAGUGGCUCCUUUUCACAGGCUCGAAUGGAAAUGGGAAAGAAAAGCAGCCUGCGAUCACACGAUGGCGAAUCACAGCUGGGCUAAGCAACGUGUGCAUCGGCAGCAAUGCUGGGCUUGAGAAAGCUGCAGUAAUCCAUUGUAAAAUGAUUCAUAGGAGUGCGUUUCAUUUUUAAAAUGGCGCAAGUUUUGAAUGAAUAGAAACCUUACCAUCUUUGCAUGACUUAUUGGACUUGUAGUAAACCUUCAUCCUUAUGUACAGCGUUGAGGGUUUCAGCAGAAGGUUCCAGAAUUCCAUGGUUGUUCGACCAGUCUUUCUGCCCAACGUUCCCCUUACGUUGGUCCCCACUGAAGUCGGGCAUGCAGUAGGUCCGGUGUAGGUCAGCUGCUGACGUCGCUUGUACCAGCUAGAGAUUGGCGGGUGCUAAUUACAACAGGCGUUCACAUGCAAAGUGAGCUGCAUAGAGGUGUGAACUCCUAAUUCGCAUAAUGUGGAGCUGGCUGGUUUCUUAUAAGAAGCUGAGAAGAAGACCAUUUUUUUCAGAGGGCGAUGUGUUUCUGUUUGCCCAAAACAAAGAUACAUUAUUGCCCAACCGUAUCAUUUCAAACACAAAUUGAAAGAAGAAAGUUUUGAUUGUAAUUACUAGGGUUGCCACCCGAAUCCUCUUGUAUUGAAGAUUAAAAUGCUUUAUUCCUUACUGAAUCAGUACAGGACUCGAUUUGUUUUCCUACCCGAAGAUCCGUACACAUAGUCUUUCACAACAGUGAGAAGAUUGUAAUUAUGAAUAAAUUGAAGCCAGUUUCACAAUAGUUAAGAAACAGAAUCAGAGUGGUAGCAUUGCCCUGCUGUGUGUGUGUGUGUGUGUAUGUUUGUCAGUGCGUGUCAGAGGCAUGAAUAUUUGUGAGUGUGAAACAUGUCUCUGAUUUUUCCAAAUUUGUCCAAAUUUUCCACAUUGAAGGUGGCAACCCUAGUAAUUACAGCAUCAGUCAAGGCUACGCCUGGCUUACCCCCCCCGCCCAGGUGUAGAUUUUAGCCCUGGGCAGCGUGGGACAUUUCACGGCCAAACUUGUGCAACUGGUGUAAAAUUUACACCUCACUGAACGUCCGACGUUAGCACUUAAUCUCAACAUAAUGCUUUUAUGAAGCCAGCCCCUGGUGCCUCUACUCAGGCUGAUGUUGGGGUUCCCUCAGACCUGGCCUGAUGUCGAGGUCCCCUCAGACUUGGCCUGAUUUUGGGGUCCCCUCAGACCUGGCCUGAUAUCUCAUCUAGUCCCUUCAGACCCAGCCUGAUUUUGGGGUACCCUCAGACCCAGCCUGAUUUUGACGUCCCCUCAGACUUAGCCUGAUUUUGGGGUCCCCUCAGACCCAGCCUGAUGUUGGGGUUCCCUCAGACUUAGCCUAAUUUUGGGGUCCCCUCGGACCCAGCCUGAUUUUGGGGUCCCCUCAGUCUUAACCUGAUUUUGGAGUUCCCACAGGUGGGAACCUGUUAGCUGAGUGCUGCUCUCUGCCUUUCAGGGUGGAGGAGAAUGGAGCUCAGGACAGAGGAGAUGCAAAAUCAAUCACUACAGAGGAGAGGACAUCCAUCACUACAGAGGGCACACACACUCUCAGACACACACACACACACAGUCCUACACACACACAUACUCCUACAUACACUCACACACAUACUCCUACACACACUCUCACUCUGGCUCAGACCACUCUCUCUGUCCCACAGUUCCUCUGGCUGUUAUGUCAUUACUGUACCAUGCAUUUGGCCUCAGAAUGUUGUCGCUGUUUUUUUCUCUCUUUUUUUUUUUUUUCUUUUCUUCUCCUGUCACACCUGCUCAUUGGGAUUAUUUUCCUCUCUGUAAAAGUCUGUGAUUCUGUUAUAAGAACAAGCAGUGACUUUAAUUGCACAGAAAGUAUUUAUGGAAGACUAUUAGCUUUUGAAGAUGCAAUAUCUAUUUUAGUGUUUGAUUCUCAUGCCUUCGUAUAGUGCAAUUCCGUGGGUACUCAUGUGGAAGCUCACUGCUUCAGGGUUCGACUGUGUAAAGAUUAAACAUUUUUGUAACCUGUC